GGGAGUAGGGAGAGUGGUCUGCCGGACUUGUCAUCGUCUACAAGGAUGUAUCGUUAUCUUGUGUUGGCUUCAAUGACAAACCUCCUGAUCAGCUGUGUGAUUGGAUUGCCAUCGGAGGUGGCAGAGAUGCCUCGGAAGUCUCCACUAGAUAUUGUUGUUGAGGCUAAAGAAGGCUUUGGUUUCAACUUUGUUCAACGAGGAUUAAUAAAAGCAUUAAAUCCAAAACCUAUUGUAGACACCAUCACAGAGGAGGAGAAGUAUGGCAACACAGGAGAAAAUCCCUUGGGAAGAAAAGUAGUCAAAGGAGUGGAGGGAAUUUCUAAUUUGGUCAACUCAGCGUUUAGGGUACCAGAGCAAGCACUGAGCCAAGGUUCCCGUAAACUGACAGAGAUCCUGGAUAACAUUGGAGGAAGAAUCGUUGGCUUACAGAAGUAGUACUAGUGUACUUUAAAUAUAAAUAAAAUCAAAAGAGUAGUAAUUGCUUCAAUUUAGCUCACCAAAUAAGGCAAAUGAUGUAUUAUAUUUGCUAAAACUACUUUGUGAAAGUUCAACAUUAUUGUGCCCUUUGAUUUUUUUUUUUCAAAAACAUUAUUUGCUAUUUAAAUUUAUUUAAAUAUAAUUCAUUAUUAUUAAACACUAGGGAUGACUCAGAUGUAUUCCAGUGUUUAACAAAUUGUUUUAAAGUCUACAAACAAACAUUUUAUUACUCUAAAAUAAACAAAUAUAAUUACAGACUUAAACAAAUGUAUUAUAAUAGUACUCGUACUUUAUCUUUUUAGUACAUUUUGUAUUGUAUUUAUUCAUUGUCACAAAGGUUUGUAUUUGAUGAUAGUAAACAUAUAAUUUGUCAAAUCAAAUUUGAAAAUGGGAUUUAAAUUUUGGUUGUAUUUACCUUUUCCAUAACAUUAUUAAGUCUGCAAAUAUGAACAUAUUGGCAAAACAAAAAAUACACAUAAAAGGAUUGUGUGAGGGUGAAAUAAUUUCUCACUCAUUUGUAAACAUUGUUUUUAUAUUAUAAUAUUUAUUUUAAUGAAUAAAUGGUUAAAACAAUAACAAUCAAGUAUGGAAAUAUACCUGUAUAAAGUGGUAUUGGAAUGUACAUCUAAUGACCACAUAGUACAUUUCAAAAAACCAGGAGUAACUAAUCUAAAAUCUAUUCAACCAUUUUUAUGCAAAGAUGCUGAAAACUAAUAUUCUUUCUGUAUUACUCAAAUAUAGUACAUUUGUUUUUCAUUUUUAUAUUUUUAGAAAAUCUUAGUGUACAUUUUUCAUUUGUUUUAAUUUAUUUUUAUAUGUGUUGUCUUGGCAUACCAGCUGCCUCCCAAAUGAGACAAAAAUUUGUUACACACAACAACAAGCAACAUUAUUAGUUAUGUUUCUUGUAUAGCAUGCUAUAAUAUAUAAUUCAAUUAAUUUAAUUAUUUUUGUAAUAAAAAAGUAGGUUAUCAUACUCGUUAUAAGUGUUUGAAAUUAUCUAUUUAAAAAUGUAUAUAUUUUUUGUCCUUUAUAUAAUAUCUUGAGCAGACAACUACAGAAAACUUUCCAACUUAUUAGAAGGGCAGCAUAGAUAUGUCAAAAAAAUUUUAAUAUAAGCAUAAAAUAAGUCAUAUAACAUUUUAACGAUAGUGUUAAGACGUUAAUACUAAAAGUUAAUAUUAGCACUUCUCUGGUAGUACCAAUAGAAACUGAAACAGCCCAAUAUAUCUAAAUGCCAGUAUAGUACCCUUCCAAGUGAAUCAUCUCCAACAUGCUGAAUUAUAGCAAUACCAUGUUGCUAUGAACUCUGAAUAUUUUGACAUAAAUCUGUGAUUUUAAUUAAAAUAAAACAUGCAUUUAUUUUAUUUUAUAUUGCAUGUAUUUAUUAAUAAAUACAUUUAUUUUAAUUUCUUAUUUACUACCUGAUGUUAUGACAAUUUGUAAUAUACAUAUUUUUAUACAACUAAUUUUAAACACACAGUUUGUUUUUUUACAUAUUGUUUCCAUUUUUAUACUGUAUUUUAAAGAAAACCUAAUAAUAUAGGUGAAGGAAAUGACAAAGAAGCAAAUUUAAAGGUGCUACAUAUACAAAAUUAUAAGCACAGUCUAGUAAUUUUAGGAUAGUAUUAAGAUGUACCUUGUGUUGGCUAUUUUCCUCUAUAAGUUGUUAGCUCAUUUUUGUAUGCAAACAUAUUAUUUUAAAUGCAUUAAGUUAACCUGUUACGAGAACAAGUUUAGUACUUCCCAUUACAAAUAUUCCCGUUAUAUGUUAUUUUAAAUUUGUAAUUCUUAUAAUACACUAUUUUCUGUACCAUAAAUUUAUUUAUUAAAGCGUACACUGAAACAAUGAUAUAACUCUAA